CCCACGGCAAUCCUUUUUCCCAUCACCUUCUCAUUUGCGUUCUCUCUAAACAAUCACUCCACUUUGAUGAUCACAACCCUCCCAUUCUAUUUCAUUUCCCUUUAGUGUUUCGCUUUUCCUUCUUCAUCUUCGUUUCAAGCUCGCAAUCCCUGAGGAGAGAUGGCAGAGAACGGAAACGCCAACGGAGAGUUCAGCUUCGGGACCGGAACGGCACGGAACGGACUGGCGAAGAUCCAGACCCACAAGAAGCAGAACGGGAUCUGCCACGAUGACAGCGGUCCUUCCGUUAAGGCUCAGACCAUUGACGAGCUCCACUCGCUCCAAAAGAAGCGGUCCGCGCCCACCACUCCCAUCAAGGAAGCCCAGGGUGCGUUCGCCACCAUCACCGACGAAGACCGCCAAAAACAGCAGCUCCAAUCCAUCAGUGCAUCUUUGGCGUCACUGACGAGAGAAACUGGACCCAAGGUGGCGAAAGGAGACCCGGCUCGGAAGGCAGAGACUCCAAAGCACGUACCAGACCACCACUUCGCACCCACUUUUAACGUUAGCGAUAGUUCCUUGAAGUUCACUCAUGUCCUCUACAACCUGUCUCCUGCUGAGUUAUAUGAGCAGGCCAUAAGGUAUGAGAAAGGAUCGUUCAUCACAGCGAGUGGCGCCUUAGCAACCCUUUCUGGAGCCAAGACUGGUCGUUCUCCAAGAGAUAAGCGCGUUGUCAGAGAUGAGACUACUGAGGAUGAUCUUUGGUGGGGAAAGGGCUCACCUAACAUUGAAAUGGACGAGCACACCUUCUGGGUGAACAGAGAAAGAGCUGUUGAUUACUUGAACUCUUUGGACAAGGUCUUUGUGAAUGAUCAAUUCUUGAACUGGGACCCACAAAACAAAAUCAGAGUCAGGAUUGUCUCUGCCAGAGCAUACCAUUCCUUGUUCAUGCACAACAUGUGUAUCCGACCCACUCCUGAAGAGCUGGAGAAUUUCGGUACUCCGGACUUCACUAUUUACAAUGCCGGACAGUUCCCAUGUAAUCGUUACACGCACUACAUGACAUCCUCUACUAGCAUAGAUAUUAAUCUUGGUAGGAGGGAAAUGGUCAUCCUCGGCACCCAGUACGCCGGGGAAAUGAAGAAGGGUCUUUUCAGUGUUAUGCAUUAUCUCAUGCCUAAGCGUCAAAUCCUCUCCUUACAUUCUGGCUGCAAUAUGGGGAAAGAUGGAGAUGUUGCCCUCUUCUUUGGAUUGUCAGGUACUGGAAAGACAACUCUGUCUACUGAUCACAAUAGAUAUUUGAUUGGAGAUGAUGAACACUGUUGGAGUGAGAGUGGUGUGUCAAAUAUCGAAGGCGGUUGCUAUGCCAAGUGCAUUGAUCUCUCCAGGGAGAAGGAGCCUGAUAUCUGGAAUGCCAUUAAAUUUGGGACAGUGCUGGAAAAUGUAGUGUUUGAUGAGCACACCCGAGAGGUCGAUUAUAGUGACAAGUCUGUUACAGAGAACACUCGUGCAUCCUAUCCUAUUGAGUACAUCCCCAAUGCGAAGAUACCAUGCGUUGGUCCACAUCCAAAGAAUGUCAUACUUUUGGCAUGUGAUGCAUUUGGUGUGCUCCCACCAGUGAGCAAGCUGAGCUUGGCACAGACCAUGUACCAUUUCAUCAGUGGCUAUACUGCUCUGGUAGCAGGCACAGAAGAAGGUGUGAAGGAGCCACAGGCAACAUUCUCAGCUUGCUUUGGUGCAGCAUUUAUUAUGUUACAUCCUACUAAGUAUGCAGCCAUGCUGGCUGAGAAGAUGCAGAAGCAGGGUGCCACAGGGUGGCUUGUCAACACUGGCUGGUCAGGUGGAAGAUAUGGUUCAGGGAGUCGAAUUAAGUUGCCGUACACACGGAAAAUCAUCGAUGCCAUACACUCUGGCAGCCUCCUGGAGGCAAACUACAAAAAGACUGAAGUUUUUGGGCUUCAGAUCCCCACUGAGAUUGAGGGAGUGCCUUCCGAAAUUCUGGAUCCAGUGAACACUUGGUCAGACAAGAAGGCUUAUCAAGAUGCACUGCUGAAGCUGGGUGGCCUGUUCAAGAAGAACUUUGAAACAUUCACCAGCUACAAGAUUGGCAAGGACAACAAGCUGACUGAGGAGAUCCUUGCAGCUGGUCCAAUCUUCUAAUUGGGAGCAGAAGAAUAAGAGGAAAAGCAAGAAACUCUCUUGGGGAAUUGUGAUAUGUAGAAAUAAGAAAUUGUUUCUAUAGAGAUGCAAUCAUGUGGUUGAAAGUAAUCAUGUAAAAUGGUUUGUGUAAGUUCAUUCAGAACUUUAUAAUAUUUAGAUGGAGAUUAAUGCUUUUUGUCCAA